AUGUGUGUUGAUUUUUGCCCUACUUCUCCAUCUCAGCGAAAACUACUGUCCGCCUUAGCCAGUCUCAACAUCCGCCCAACCAGCAACCUACGACACGCCAUCUCGCUACGGGCGACCGAGUUGACCGUCCAGUCGGAGCGUGCUUUCCAGAAGCAGCCUCACAUCUUCCAGAACUCGAAGACCAAGACCAAGUCCACCCGACCGGGCAAGGGUGGCCGACGAUGGUACAAGGACGUUGGUCUGGGUUUCCGAACCCCUAAGACCGCCAUUGAGGGCAGCUACAUCGACAAGAAGUGCCCCUUCACUGGUCUCGUCUCCAUCCGUGGCCGUAUCCUGACCGGCACCGUCGUUUCCACCAAGAUGCACCGAACCAUCAUCAUCCGCCGCGAGUACCUCCACUUCAUCCCUAAGUACUCUCGUUACGAGAAGCGCCACAAGAACGUUGCCGCCCACGUUUCUCCCGCUUUCCGUGUCCAGGAGGGUGACCAGGUCACCGUUGGCCAGUGCCGACCUCUCAGCAAGACUGUCCGCUUCAACGUCCUGCGUGUCCUGCCCCGAACCGGCAAGUCUGUUAAGAAGUUCUCUAAGUUUUAA